AUGUCGCGAGAAAGUAAAUUAGCAAGAUUCUUUCGAAUAUUCAUCCCAAUAUCGUAUUGGCUUCCGAGAUAUAAUGUUAAACAAAAUUUAAUCAAUGACGUAAUUGGCGGAUUAACCAUUGGAUUUCUCAAUGUCCCUCAAGGAAUGGCAUAUGCUUCUCUAGCAGGAGUUCAUCCUGUGAAUGGCUUAUAUACAUCUCUCUUCCCUCCGUUAAUUUACAUGCUAUUUGGAACAUCAAGACAUGUAGCCAUAGGAGUGUUCGCUGUUGUCAGUUUGAUGACUGGAUCGUGUGUUGUUCGAAUUCUAGAUGAAAUGCAAAAAGCGGAAUCCCCAAUUGAAGCAGUCGAUAUUAUUAAAGUAUUAGGAUUUACUGUAGGAAUAUUACAAAUUAUAUUUGGAUUGCUCAAAGCAAAUCGCUUGAUCUCAUUACUAUCCGAACAGAUUAUUGUUGGUUUCACCACUGGAGCUGCAAUUCACGUGUUCACUGCUCAAUUGAACAAAAUCGUUGGCGUCGAUUUGCCGAGACACGAGGGAUUCGGAAAAAUUUAUAACAUGUACCGAGACUUGUAUAUAUCAGCAAUCGCCAACAAAGGCUGCAAUUUUCCCACAUUUUCAUUAUCAUUUGGCGCCAUCUUCAUUCUUUACAUGUUAAAGUAUAAAAUCACUCCAUAUUUUUUGAAGAAGCUGAGAAUCCCCGUGCCUUAUGACUUGAUGUGCGUCGUCCUCGGAACAUAUCUGUCAUAUCGAUUUGAUUUCCACGGAAAGUACAAUAUAAAAGUGAUUGGAAAAGUGCCGACGGGAAUUCCUUUACCGGUAGUCCCCAAUGUGACAUUGGUCCAUCGUGUCCUCUUCGACGCCGCAGCCAUCGCAAUUAUCGUGGUGGUCGUUACGAUUUCAAUGGGAAAAUUGAUAGCGAAAAAGCAGAAAUAUGCAAUUGACACGAAACAAGAGUUCUUCGCUAUUGGGAUAAUGGAAAUAUGCUCAUCAUUUUUCCCAUGCUGGCCAUCAUCGACGGCACUUGCGCGAACAUUGGUCAAUGAGAACGCGGGAACAAAAACACAACUCUCUUCAAUAUUCUCUGCAACUGUUUUGGUGUCUGUGUUGUUGUUUAUUGGUCCAUAUAUGGAAUUAUUGCCAACGUGCCUUCUAUCAGCUAUAGUAAUUGUAGCUCUUCGCGGAAUGUUUGCCCAAUUAAGAAAUCUUUUUGUUCUUUGGAAACUUUCUAAAGCAGAUUGGGCAAUUUUCACAGUAACAUUAUUGGCUACCGUAAUCUACGAUGUCAUUCCUGGACUCUUCAUUGGAACAGUUUUCGGAAUGCUCGUUUCAAUCUUACGACUUCAAAAAACACAACUUGAGAUGUUCUAUGCGUGCCCACUAUUUUAUUUCAACUGCGAGAAGUUUGAAAAAGAGAUCAUCGAAUCUGGUGUGGAAUUCUUCAAAAAUUCUGGCCCGUUUAGAUCUAGCGAAGAGAUGCAAAUGAUUGACAAAACUGAUGAAGAAUCGCCUGCAUUGAAAAAAUCGUUGGUUCUUGACAUGCAAGGAAUUCCAGACAUUGAUGUUUCUGGAAUAAAUAGCUUACUUAAGGUUCACAGCGAAUUAUUUGUGCAUGGAAUCGCUUUCAAAUUGAAGAAUCCCAAUGGUAAUUGUAUUCAUUAG